GAGUUUCAGCUCCGUUCAGCCAUCACGCGAUUUUUGAGAACGACAUCAGCGAAGUUGCGUUUGUGUUGUGUGUUAUGAAAAUGGAACGGCGGUAUUUAGAGCAACGUUAUACCAUGAAUUUUUUUGCUAAACUUGGGAAUUCGCUAGUGUGAUUUUCGAAACAGGCAGUUCAUUAUCAAGAGCAUAAAUCAUAUUUCGAAGACCGAGAACACGGUGAAGAAGAACCUCGUUCAGGGAGACAUUUCAACUUCAAAAACCGAUGAAAACGUCGAUAGGGUGUGCUCUUGUGAGAUUGGACUGACGUUUAACAAUACAAACCAUGUGUUUUACAAAGAUGUCCUUGAAAGGCUCAGGAAAAGUUGAGUCGACUGAGACCAGAUAUUGCAGUCAAGUGGAUUCAGCAUCAUGACAACACUCCAUAUCAGACGGUCGUCAUGAAAUUUUUGUCCUGAAAAGGCAAUCAUAUUCUUCUCCACCUGCCCAUUCAUCUGAUCUGGCUCCCUGUGACUUUUUUCUUUUCCCGAAACUGAAAAAGUCUUAAAAGGACGGUAUAUUGGAUCUCUGGAGGACAUUACAAUUCAUGUGACCGACAUGUUAAAGGCGCUACCAGUUAAAGCCUUCCAGCGCUGCUAUCAAGACGAAACAGCUACUCCGCUGGUGUAUAGCUGCCGAAGGGAACCGCUCUGAAGGGGACAGUAUUGUUGUUCGAAAUGUAUAUUCCGCCUGUACUUUCCUCGAACACCUCGUAAGUCAACGUAAUCAAAAGAUACGGCCAUUUAUCUCUCAUUUUGUUACUCGCAAACUCAUCGGAACCUAUAGGGUACGUCCCUUUUACAUAGAAUCAUUUGCAAGAAGCGAGUUUUCAAAGUGCAAGUGAAGGGAAAAAUACAAAAAUUGUUAAUUUGUAAUUAUCACACACAAAAUUUGUCACGUGUCGUCCGACACUCUGUCUGUCUGUUAAGACCACUUUUUCUUAGGAACAGGUAGACAUAUCAAGUUGGGGAAACAAGUUCCUACGUCAAUGCAAUCAAAUGAUACGACUAUUUGUCACGUGUUUUGAUAUUCGCAGACUCACUCAUCAGAAUCAGUCGAUAUCGACGACAGGCAAAAAUCACGGAGAUUCUCGAUUACCGUUACAAAUGAACUCUCUAUAUACAUAAUUAAGUCUGCACGGAAUCCAGAGAGCACGAGUCACGCUCGAACUUGGCCAAUUUUUAAGGUAUAGUCCACAAAUAUUGUCAGUGAUAGUGGUAAAAUGUAUCGUUCCAAUAAUGGCGAAUUCUAGCUGUUAGACCCUUAUGACCUAAUCUGUGGUAUCACUCACGAACCCGAGGUCCUGUGGUAUCACUCACGAACCCGAGGUCUUCCCGAAGGCUUCUGCGUUAUCUCUGUAGUCGGUGACGCAACUCACCAUCUAGCAGAAGGAUUUCGCCAGUCGCUGUUUUUGCAGUCAGUGUAACACGACUUAUCAGUGCUGAUUUCUCUGAAGUUCACGUCAUCAGAUCAGUGACGCCGUCGCUGAGCUAUCGUCUUCAAGGCGUGUGUGAUCCCCAUUCAACAUGACAACCUACUUCAACUACCCACCACCUGAACUGCAGCAGGAACUGCGUCAGAUUGCACAGGCCAUAGUGGCACCUGGGAAAGGUAUCUUAGCUGCUGAUGAGUCCACUUCUACCAUAGGCAAGAGAUUUUCAGAAAUUGGUGUUGAGAACACUGAAGAAAACAGACGUCUUUAUAGGCAGCUGCUUUUCACAGCGGAUCCUUCUGUGGGUGAAAAUAUCUCUGGUGUCAUCCUUUUCCACGAAACCCUUUAUCAGAAGGCAGAUGAUGGAACUCCUUUUGUGGAGCUACUAAAGCAACGCAACAUCAUUCCUGGCAUAAAGGUUGACAAGGGCGUUGUUCCAUUGUUCGGCUCUGAGGACGAGUGCACCACUCAGGGACUCGACGACUUGGCACAGCGAUGUGCACAGUACAAGAAGGAUGGUUGCCAUUUUGCCAAAUGGCGCUGUGUGCUGAAGAUCAAGCGCAACACACCUUCGUACCAGGCUAUUCUGGAAAAUGCUAAUGUACUGGCUCGCUAUGCCUCCAUAUGCCAGUGCAACCGCAUUGUGCCAAUUGUGGAGCCAGAGGUGUUGCCUGAUGGUGAACAUGACCUGGAGCGAGCCCAGAAGGUAACUGAAACAGUCUUGGCUGCUGUAUACAAGGCACUUAACGACCAUCAUGUGUACCUGGAAGGUACUUUGCUAAAACCUAACAUGGUGACACCUGGCCAGUCAUGCCCUAAGAAGGCUGCACCAAUGGAAAUAGCGCAGGCAACAGUGACCGCCCUGAACCGUACCGUGCCCGCCGCCGUGGCAGGCAUCGUGUUUCUGUCUGGUGGACAGUCUGAGGAGGAGGCGUCAGUGAACCUUGAUGCCAUCAACAAAUUCCCAGGCAAAAAACCCUGGCCACUGACCUUCAGCUAUGGCAGAGCCCUGCAGGCUUCUGUUCUGCGUGCAUGGAGUGGGAAGUCCGAAAAUGUUGCUGCUGCUCAGGAAGAACUGAAGAAGAGAGCUAAGGCCAAUGGUGAUGCUGCACAAGGAGUUUAUGCUGGAGGUGUACAGGGAGCAGCUGCUGAUGUUGGUCUUUUCAUUAAGGAUCAUGCUUACUAAUUUCCCAAAAGCGAAAAAUAAAAUAAGAACUAUGGGUAGACUAUAUGUGGGUCACAAAGGCCGUGCCGUGAACACCAUCUGGAAAAAAAAAAAUACAUGAAGUUUGUAAUAACAUUUGACGCAUUUUUUCCUAUUUUAGAUGGUUAACUCAAGUAAUCAGUGUUAAUGGAGUCCAGUUUUAGCUUACACUUGUACAUGUGACCGUCAUGUCUUAUACUGACGGUUUUACCAGUUGUGAUUUGCUGUUGUGAUCAAUUUACAGAGGAUAGGUAUGAAUAUAUAUACAACAAUCAUAUAAAUGAAUAAUAUAUAUGUAUACAUAAAAGAAACUAUAUAGAUUUCAGAUACGUGUUUAAACUUUUCUUCUAGUUGUUUACCUGUUGCAAAAGUGAAAAAUGGAAAGCAGAAAUGCAGCUGUAAAAUUAUGUAACCUAUAAGAAACUGUGUGUAUAUAUAUUUCCUUAGUAUUUUCUGUAUGUAUCCACAGUGCUUCUUGGUUACCUAUGCUAUUGUCGAUGUCAAGAAAAGAACAAGUCACUAUUGUAUCAAUUCUCCUGUGUAAGACAACCAACCCUUGUAAAUGCUGUGGAGGAAGGUCAAUAAAAGUCUUUGAACAUCAA